GAUAAAACUAAAAAGGAAAGGAGCAAUAAUAAUUCGGAGUAUAAAUAGAUACUCCGCCACUUACCCAUGUUACGAAUAUAAAACUCCGUUUCUGAUACAAUAAAAACAUGGGCAACGCCGACUAUGAGUGGCAGCAGCGCCGCCGUGGGGAGGUGGAAACCCCACCGCCAAAACCUUUCUACAAAGUCGUCGAGUCCACCGUGAAAGAGACCCUCUUCCCCGACGACCCGUUCCGGCAAUUCAAAAAUCAGCCCCUCCCCAGAAAGCUUGUGAUGGGGUUGCAGUAUUUCAUUCCCAUUCUCGAGUGGGGCCCGCGCUACAAUUUCAAGUCCUUCAGGGCGGACGUCGUCGCCGGAGUCACCAUCGCCAGCCUCGCCGUUCCUCAGGGGAUAAGCUACGCCGGUUUGGCAAAUAUUCCUCCCAUCUAUGGAUUGUAUUCCAGCUUUGUGCCACCUAUGGUGUACGCGAUGCUGGGAAGUUCAAGAGAUUUGGCGAUUGGCACUGUGGCGGUCCCAUCCCUUCUAUUGGCUGCCAUGUUAGGACAGGAAGUUAACCCCAAGCUUAAUCCCACCCUCUACGUUCAAUUAAUUCUCACUGCUACUUUCUUUGCCGGCCUUCUCCAAGCCUCUUUAGGUCUCUUGAGGCUGGGAAUGAUAGUGGAUUUUCUGUCGCAUGCAACAAUUUUGGGAUUCAUGGGAGGGGCAGCAACAGUGGUGUGCCUGCAGCAGCUGAAAGGGAUACUUGGAUUGGUUCACUUCACACAUGCCACUGACUUUGUCUCUGUCGUUCGUUCCAUUUUUUCUCAAACUCAUCAGUGGAGAUGGGAAAGUGGAGUUCUAGGAUGCUGUUUCCUCUUCUUCCUCAUGCUGACGAAAUACUUUAGCAAAAGGAAAGCAGCAUUCUUUUGGAUAAAUGCCAUGGCGCCUCUAACGUCCGUCGUGCUGGGCAGCGUCUUAGUUUACUUCACCCACGCUGAAAAGCAUGGUGUCCAAGUGAUCGGACAUUUGAAGAAAGGGAUAAAUCCACUGUCUUCAUCUGAGCUGGCGUUUGGCUCGCCGUACAUCGGAACCGCCAUAAAGGCUGGAGUCGUCACGGGUGUCAUAGCUCUGGCGGAGGGAAUAGCAGUGGGGCGAAGUUUUGCGAUGUUCAAGAACUAUCACAUAGAUGGAAACAAAGAGAUGAUAGCCUUUGGGGUCAUGAACAUAGCUGGCUCCUGCACUUCUUGCUACUUGACCACAGGGCCAUUUUCCAGAACAGCAGUGAACUUCAAUGCAGGAUGCAAGACAUCAGUCUCAAACAUAGUAAUGGCCAUCGCAGUGAUGAUCACACUCCUAUUCCUCACGCCACUCUUCCAUUACACACCUCUAGUGGUGCUUUCCUCCAUAAUCAUGACAGCCAUGCUUGGUCUCAUUGACUAUGAAGCCGCCAUUCAUCUAUGGAAGCUUGACAAAUUCGACUUCCUCGUUUGCAUCAGUGCUUACAUUGGCGUCGUCUUCGGGAGCAUACAAAUCGGCCUCAUUGUCGCGGUGGCAUUGUCUCUUCUAAGGGUACUACUAUUUGUUGCAAGGCCUAAGACUGUGAUCUUAGGUAAUAUUCCUAAUUCCAACACUUACAGAAGUGUUGAUCAGUACUCAAAAGCAGCUAGUGUGCCUGGGACUCUCAUCCUUCACAUUGGUGGCCCCAUUUACUUCGCCAAUGCGGGUUAUUUGAGAGAAAGAAUAUCAAGAUGGAUAGAUGAAGAGGAAGAGAAGAGAAAAAGUAUGAGCGGAGCUGAGCUCCAAUAUGUUAUCCUGGAUAUGACUGCGGUUGGAAACAUUGACACAAGUGGGAUUACCAUGCUUGAUGAAGUGAAGAAGAAUUUAGAUAUGAGAGAACUCAAGCUUGUACUAGCAAACCCGGGUGGGGAGGUUAUGAAGAAGCUUGACAAGUCAAAGUUGAUAGAGACAAUUGGAAAGGAAUGGAUAUAUCUAACAGUGGCAGAAGCAGUCAACACAUGCAAUUACAUUCUCCACAACUGCAGGCCCAAGGCCAGCAUUGCAGCACCUGAGGUUGCAGCAUCUGAUGGCAAUGUAUAAUAUAGGGUUAAUGAUAGUAUCUACAGACAGCUAUAACAAGCAUUUUGAUUACCUUCCUACCUGUUGUAAAAAGAAUGAGGUUCCUACAAUCUUCUCAAUAAGUGAAAUGCAAUGGAAUCGUUAAGUUUGAUGGAGGCUUUGAGUGGCGUAGUCUAUAUUUUUGAGAUAUAUUUGUGAUUUUUAUAAAAAGAAAUUGACGGAACAACAUUUUAAUCA